AAACUUGGCCAAGUGCAGAUGAGUUCGAAUCGUGAUUCCUCGCGCCACCAACUGGGGCAGUCGCUAAGAAACCCCGACCUUGUGCGCUCGAAAGGUUAUGUGAACGGCGAGUGGGUGGAAGGCCGUGGGGGUGAAUACUUCGCUGUUGUGGGUAAGUGAGAGGUGUUAGCUAGGAUAUCUACGGUUUGGUUAAUACAUGCAUUGCAUAGAUCCUGCCACCGACGAGGAACUCGCACAAGUGGCAUACAUGGGGAAAGAUGAAGCCCAUGAGGCUAUUGCGGCAGCCUACGUAGCCCAACAUCGCUGGAAAAAAGUCACCCCACCACGGUGAUGAAGAAGUGGCACGCAGCAAUUGUGGAGAAUGCCGAGGAUCUUGCCAUCAUCGCUUCUUGCGAGAGUGCCAAACCUCUUGGAGAAGCGAGGGCAGAGGUGGAAUUCGCCGCUGGACUCGUGGACUACUACGCCCACGAGAUUAUUCGUACUAGCGGAUAUCUCGUUUCUCCAUCCGAUCCAGACAAGAAGGUGUUGGUCAUGAAGGAGCCUAUUGGCGUGUGCGCUAUCAUAUCUCCUUGGAAUUUUCCUUACGCGACGGUGAUGAGGAACUUGGCACCUUGUGUGGCAUCUGGCUGUGCUGCAGUUGUUAAGCCUUCAGGGAAAACACCACUGUCGAUGUUGGCUCUUGCGAAAUUAGCAGAAGAUGCCGAAGUUCCGGCCGGAGUGAUCAACGUGGUGACAGCUCCACGAGGCAGUCACUCAGGUAUCGGGAAAGAACUAACGGAGAACCCCGACGUCCAUCUGGUUGCGUUUACGGGAUCAACUUCUGCUGGUAAGAAAUUAAUGGGUCAAGCGUCUGCCACAGUGAAGCACGUGGUUCUUGAACUGGGCGGCAAUGCACCAUUCAUCGUCUUUGAAGAUGCCGAUAUUGAGAAGGCACUGGACGGACUCAUCGUCGCUAAAUUCCGUUAUAGCGGCCAGACCUGCGUCACUAGUAACCGCAUCUUCGUUCAGUCGUCUAUCUACGACAAAUUCACCUCCAAAAUUGUGGAGCGAGUUAAAGAACUGAAGAUCGGUUUGCCUCUUGAGCAUGGAGUGAAGUUGGGACCCCUCAUUGGACCGGAAGCUGUCGAGAAGGUGUCUGCGUUGGUGGAAGACGCAGUGACGCAUGGUGCUAAGGUACUUAUUGGCGGCAAAAAGAAUGAUCUCGGCAAGAAUUUCUACGACGCGACGGUGUUGACUAAUGUAAACGAGAAGAUGCGCAUCUGGAACGAGGAAAAUUUUGGACCGAUUGUACCGCUUUUCUCUUUUUAUAGUGAGGAGGAGGCUGUCCGCAAGGCGAAUGAUACGAAUUCUGGCUUGGCCGCGUAUUUCUAUACGCAAAAUGCAUCUCGUAUUUUCCGCGUUGCCACCGAGUUGGAAACCGGAAUGGUUGCGGUGAAUGCUGGAGUGGUAUCGAUUGUUCAAGCUCCUUUUGGCGGUAUCAAGGAGUCGGGAAUCGGUCGUGAAGGUUCACCGGACGGUUUGGAGGAGUAUCUCGAAUCUAAGAUGGUGUGCAUCGGCGGACUGGGCUAAGAAAAUAUGGCGGGUAGUACGCAAUCUGCAGCUCGUUUUGAAAAAUAAUAAUAUGGCAUU